UCCCUCAAGGGGCGUGGUUUAUUUCCAGGGACGAUUUUUACAGGGGCGGGGCUUUACCUCAAGGGGCGGGAUUUAGGAAGGGGCGUGUCACUUUAGGGGCGGGCUCCCCUAUACCGGAUUGCCCUCAGGAUCGGCGAUUGCCUCCAAGGGGCGUGGUUUCAGCAAUGACAUCUGCAGCUCUCGGGGCGUGGCGGAAGCUGCUGAUUGGCGGCUGCGCAGGGUCACAGGUGGCACAGCGGCGGGAUCGAGGCGGCACCAUGAAGCGCCGGUACCCCGAACCCGAGCCCGAGGACUGGGCCCAGCACCAGGCCCAGCUCCCGGGCCCUCCUAGGCGCAGGCGGACCGACUCCGGGCUCACGUCCGGGGAGAGCAGUGGCGGGGAGCGGGCCGCCGUGACAGGCAGCAGUGAUGAGGACACUGACGGCGAGGGGCCGCGGAUGGGGUUCGGGGUCCCUGGGCUGCCGGAGGCGGCAGGUUCAGAGGUCCCACAGUCCGACCCCCUCUCCAGCAAGUACUCCAUGUACAACAGUGUCUCCCAGAAGCUCAUGAUGAAGAUGGGCUACCGUGAGGGCGAAGGUCUGGGCAAGUUUGGCCAGGGCCGGAAAGAGAUAGUGGAGGCGUCGCUGCAGCGUGGGCGCCGCGGGCUGGGACUCAAGGUGAAGGGCUUCGACGGAGACCUCAACAUCAACUGGCAAGAGGAGACUGAGCCCAGUGCUUACGAGCGGGUGGAGUGGUUUCCAGAAUGUUCCCUGAAGAUCCCACAUGCGUCGGAGCUGCGUGAGUGGAUGUGCAUUGGACAGCGGAAGAUGGAGAUUGAGGACGAGACGGAGUUCUGUGACGGAGACCUGCUGAGGGAUGUCCUCAGGUGUAAGAGCGUGUUCGAUGAGCUGGAAGGGGAGGAGAUGCGUCGAGCUCGCACACGGUCGAAUCCCUUCGAGACCAUCCGCGGGGUCUUCUUCCUGAACAGGGCAGCGAUGAAGAUGGCCAACAUGGACCAUGUGUUUGAUUAUAUGUUCACCAACCCACGGGACAGCUGUGGUCACCCGUUGGUCCGGGACAAAGACGGGGAGUUGCUGUACUUUGCUGAUGUCUGCGCGGGUCCUGGCGGGUUCUCGGAGUACGUGCUCUGGAGGAAGCGCUGGCACGCUAAGGGCUUCGGCCUCACCCUGCGAGGCCCCAACGACUUCAAGCUCGAGGACUUCUUCGCAGCCUCCAGCGAGUUCUUCGAGCCCUACUACGGUGAGGGGGGUGUGGACGGGGACGGAGACAUCACCCGACCGGAGAACAUCACUGAGUUCCGCCGCUUCGUGUUGGAGAACACCGACCGCAGGGGAGUCCACUUCCUCAUGGCCGACGGGGGAUUCUCGGUGGAGGGACAAGAAAACCUGCAGGAAAUCCUCAGCAAGCAGCUGCUUCUCUGCCAGGUGCUGGUGGGGCUCAGCGUCAUCCGCACAGGCGGACACUUUGUGUGCAAGACCUUUGACCUGUUCACACAGUUCAGCGCUGGGCUCAUCUACCUCCUCUUCCUCUGCUUCGAGAGGGUGUCACUGUUCAAACCCAUCACUAGCCGUCCGGCCAACUCUGAGCGGUACGUCGUGUGCCGAUCUCUGCGGGAGGGUACAGACGCGGUGCGUGAGUACCUCUUCACUGUCAACGUGAAGCUGAACCAGUUGCGGGGCUCAGACCAGGACGUCACCUCCCUCGUGCCUCUCACUGUCCUCAAAGCCCACCAGCCCUUCUCCCAGUACCUGUGCACCUCCAACCAGAGCCACGCUGUGCUCCAGGUCAAGGCUUUGGCUAAAAUUCAUGCCUUCAUUCGUGAUCCAAACUUGAACGAGCUGCGACAAGCCGACCUGCGGAAGGAGUGCCUGACCCUGUGGGGGAUCCCGGACAAGGCCCGAGUGGCUCCGAGCUCAACAGACCCUCGCACCAGGUUCCUGCAGCUCAUCCAGGGUAGUGAGGUGGACACCUUUGGUCACCGAGCAACACCACUGACAACUGAGACCAUCCACCGGAUCAGCCACCUCCUUAACUACCGCUGCCUGGUCGCUGGGGGCGAGCAGUACUUCCUGCUGGGAGCGGGGAAGUCCCAGAUCUACCUGUGGGAUGGGGAGAAGCCGAUGCGGUGGAGGAAGCUGGAGAAUUUCCGGACGGAGCUGCCGAGGGAGACGGUGCUCUUGGUGGAGAUCAUCCAGGAGCUGAAGGGGGAGGGCAAGGCCCAGCGCCGCACCAGCUCCAUCCACAUCUUGGACGCCCUGAUCCUCAAUGGCACCGACAUCCGCGAGCAGCACUUCAACCAGAGGAUCCAGAUGGCAGAGAAGUUUGUGCGGGCUGUGUCCAAACCCAGCCGACCCGACAUGAACCCCAUCCGCGUGAAGGAGGUGUACAGGCUGGAGGACGUGGAGAGAAUAUUUGUCAGGCUGGAGAUGAAGGUGACAAAAGGAUCAGGCGGUGUACCCCGACUCUCCUACACUGGCCGUGAUGAUCGACACUUCCUGCCCACCGGCCUGCACGUGGUGAAGACUGUCAAUGACCCCUGGACAAUGGCAUACAGCCGGAGCACAGGCCGGAAGUAUUUCUACAACACUAGGACGCAGGAGGCCAGCUACCAAAUGCCGCCUGACUCAGUCGCCCCCUUCACUGUGUGCCACCAACAGCGGCUAUUCUGGACAUGGGCUGAGGGUGUACGGGUCCAUGACUGUCAGACACAGCAGGACCCCAACAAACUCUCCAAAGACGACAUCCUCGCCUUCAUUCAGGAGCACCACCCCAUUUAGGGGGAAAGCUGUCAUCUGCUCCAACCUGGACUGCACCCUGACCCGGAAUGGAUCUUGACCUGGACCAGACAGGCAUCUGCUCCAACCUGGACUGCAUCCUGACCCGGAUUGGAUCCUGACCUGGACCAGACAGGCAUCUGCUCCAACCUGGACUGCAUCCUGACCCGGAUUGGCUCCUGACCUGGACUAGACCAGCGGCUACCCGAACCUGGAGCAGACCAGAUCCUGACCUAGACUGGACCGUCGAUUGCUGGACUACAUUCUGAUCCGGAAUUAAUCAAACUGGCGUCUGGCCCAACCCAGAACGGAUCUUGACCUGCACUUGACUGGCGUCUACCCCAACCUGGAAUGGACUAGCAUCCGAUCUGACCUGGACCAGACCGACAUCUGCCCCAACCCCAACACAAAUCCGAUCUGGACUGGAUUGGACUGCAUCUGCCCCCAACCCAGAACCAUAUUGGACCCCCAUCACCCAGUUUCACACCUGAUCAAUGUCUGGAACUGUAUCUGACCCUGCCCUGGACACAAUCCCAAUAUGCAUUUGUUCCGGACUGGCAUCUGCCCUAAACUUAAUCAGCAUCGGAACUGGACCCGGACUGGAUCUCCAUCUGUUCCAGACCAGACCCCAAUUGGAGUAGCGCCUGCCUCAUCCUGAGAUCUGAGCCGCAGGGCCCGGACCGGAGUUCCUGACCCUGGGAUCCUCUUUGUGAAACUUUUAUCAGGCUGGGCUUCCAGAGCUCGGCUGACCCCUGGUCCCCCAAUUCUGCCCCCAGAUCUCCAACCCCACCCAUGUGAAGUCCCCCCACCCCACUGAGUGUACAUUGUUGAAUUUUGUAUGAAGAGAAUAAAUUUAAGUUUCUCAAAUCGUCGCCUUUGUGAACUCGGAAGUGCUGCCUCUGACCUCUUGAUCCCCGACCCUGGAGCACUGACCCCCUGUUGGCUCCCCUGCCAUCUGGGGAUUGUUCUAGGAGCCUGAGUGUGGGGUUAGGUGGCAGAGGAGUUGCAGGGGUGGGGGCACGUAUGUGUUUGCUUCAGUUCAGAGUCCGCCUGCUCCAUGCAAACUUAGCGGCCCAACCUUGCCCUGUUAGCUCACAUUAGGCCCAUAUCCCUCGACACCUUUCCUGUCCAAGUGCCUUUUUUAAAUGGUGAUUGCACCCACCACCCACUGGUGACAAGCUCAUCCCUCAGACCUCCUUCUCUAAUUAGCCUGUAUCCUCUCAUUCUGGAACCUUCCGGCGUGGGAUUCUAUGCUCUAAUCGUGAACUCUGAAUUAUGUGCCCUGACAAAGAUCUUUGUAACUUCUGUAGCCACAGGCAAGGUCACAGAGGACUGGAGUAUAGCCAGUAUUCUUAGAGGAACAAGACAAGCCAUGGAACUAUAGGCCAGUGAGCCUUUCAUCACAGAUAGGGAAUUUCUUGGCAAAGAUUUGUAGGGCCAGGAUUUACUUGCAUCUGGAAAAGCAGAGGUUUAUCAGGGGUAGUCAGUGUGGCUUUGUGCAGGUAAGGUCACAUCUUACAAGCUUGGUUGAGUUUCUGAGGUAGUGACAUAGGUGAUUGAUGAGGGUGUGGUAAUGAAUGUAGUCUACAUAGUGAGGCAUUUGACAAGACCCUUUGUGGUAGACUAGUCCAGAAGAUGUAAGGUACACUGACAGGGAUGGGGCAGGGGGUCUGUAUCCAGUGAUGUUCCAUAAUAUUAGUGCUGGAACUCUGUUGUAUGUGAUACACAGAAAACGUUUGGAUGAAAAUGUAGGCAGUUUGAUGAGUAAGUUUGUGGAUGAUGCAAAAAUUGAUAGAGUUGUGGAUAAUGAGAGAGGUAGUCAAAGGGUAUAGAUCAGUUGCAGAUAUGGGCGGUGAAGUGGCAGAUCAAAAUCCAAAUUAAAUUUAUUAUUAAAGUUCACAUACGUCACAAUGUACAACCCUGAGAUUAAUUUGUUUGGGGGCAAUCACAGUAAAUACAAAAACCAUAAUACAAUCAAUGAAAGACUGCUGAACAGCACCAUGGAAGCAUAGUGGUUAGCAUAACACUGUCUCAGGGUGUCAGAAUUCAGAGUUCAGUCCUGACGUCCUCUGCAAGUCCUUCCCAUGGAAUGAGUGGGUUCUGGGUGCUCCAGUUUCCUCCCACAGUAGGUUAAUCGAUCAUUGUAAAUUGUCCCGAGAUUAGAUUAGGAGGAAUAUUGGGAGUUCCUGAUGGCAUAGCUAAAUCUUAAAAAAUGAAUAGGAUGGACAAACAACUAAUGUGCAAAAAACAUCAAACACUGUGUAUGCAAUGAGAAAGAAUAAUAAAUCAGUAGUGGAUAUCAAUGGAGUUUAAUUUGGAUAUAGACCAUAAGACAAAGUAGCAGAAUUAGGCUCCACAAUUCCAUCAUGGCUGAUUUAUUAAGCCUCUCAAUCCCAAUCUCCUGACUUCCCAUAACCUGUGACACCCUAUCAAGCUCCACUUGAAUAUACAAUCACUUGGCCUCCACAGCCAUCUGUGGCAAUGAGUUCCACAGACUUACCACCAUCUGGCUAAAGAAAUUCUUCCUCAUCUGUUCCAAACGGACACUCUCUGUUCUGAGUCUGUGCCCUCUGAUCCUAUACUCCAUCACCAUAGGAGGCAUCCUCCCCACAUCCGUGCUAUCCAAGCCUUUCAAUAUUCAAUGGGUUUCAAUUAGCUCUCUCCUCAUUCUUCUAAACUCUGGACAAUAUAGUCAUAGUCAUAGUAGUCAUACUUUAUUGGUCCCGGGGGAAAUUUGGUUUUCGUUACAGUUGCACCAUAAAUAAUAAAUAGUAAUAAAACUAAAUAUAGCUUAGAGCCAUCAAACGCUCCUCAUACGUUAAUUCUUUCAUUACUAAAAUCAUUCUCAUGAACCUCUUCUGGACCCUCUCCAUUGUUUUAGAUAAGGGGCAAAAACUGCUCACAAUACUGUGAGGCGUAACCAAUGCCUUAUUAAGCUUCAGUGCUACACCCUUGCUCUCAUAUUCUGGUCCUCAAAUUGAAGGCAAAGAUUCCACUUGCUGCCUUCGCCACUGACCCAACCUACAAGUUCCCACUCUUUGCCUCCUCUCAGUUAGCCAAUCCUCUAUCCACGCUAAUAUCUUUCCUGCAAUACCAUGGGCUCUUAUGUUAAGGAGCUUCAUGUGCAGCACCUUCUGAAAAUCCAAAUAAAUUACAUAGCUGACUCCUUCGUCUAUCCUGCCUGUUAUUUCCUCAAAGAAUUCCAACAAAUCUGGCAGGCAAGAGUUCCCCUGAAGGAAACCAUGCUAGCUUUGGCCUACUUUAUCAGGUGCAGAUAUAGCAUAUGGAGAAGUGUGAGGUGUUGCACCUUGGAAGGACAAGUGCAAGAUGUAUACAGUGGCUGGCAGGAUCUCUAGGAAUGUUGACGUACAGAUGGAUUUUGGCUCCCUGAAAGUGGCAACACAAGUAGGAUCUGUUCUUCUAUGUAUCUUAUAAACCAGAAUCAGAACGAUAUUUAUUAUCACUCGUUUUGUCAUGAAAGUAGUUUUAUGACAGCAGUAUAGUGCAAAGAUGUAAAAUGACCAUAAAUUACAAAAUUAGUGCGCAAACAGGAACGAGGAGCUCGUGUUCAUGGACUGUUCAGAAAUCUGACGGUGGAGGGCAAGAAACUCUUCUUGAAUCAUUGAGUGUGGGUCUUAAGGUUCCUGUAUCUCCUCCCUCGCAAUAGCAACAAGAUGGCAUGACCUGGGUGGUGAGGGUCUUUAACAAUGGAUGCUGCCGCCUUGAGGUAUGCUUGUUGAAGGUGUCCUCGAUGGAGGGGUCAACUGUGCCCUCGAGAAAUUUCACCCCUCAGCCUCCAACGUUGCAGUGAGGUCCACCCAGUUUGGCGAAACCACAACGCCUCCAUUCCAGGCAACAUCUUUAAUAAAUGCAGGUGAUCCAAUCCCUCCUUCAAACUCACUCUCUCCAUUCCAGACAGCAUUAUGGUUGAAUCUCUUCUACACACUCUCUGUUGCUACCAUGUCCUUGCUGUAGUGUGGCCAGAACUGUAUGUAACACUCCAGGUACAAUCUAACUAAAGCUUUACCACAUCUAACCAAUGACCAUCUGAUCACUCCAAGUACAGUCUAACCAAUGUUUUAUACAGCUGCACUGUAACGCUCUCUCAUACUCAAUAUGCAAUGAUGGCAAGCUUUCCAAAUGCCUUUUCACAACCCACCUCUGUCACUACCUUCCAGGAGCAUCUUUCACCAUAAGUUCUCCCAGUAUAGCAUCACUCUCAGGACCCCUGCCACAUACCUGUAUAUCCUGAAUAACACAAGAAGUUAUUUUUGUGCUGGAGGAAUUGAGCAGAUCAGGCAGCAUCCAUGGAAAUGAAUAAACAUUCAAUGUUUUAGACCAAGGCCCUUCAUCGGGACUUGAAGGGAAGGGUGAAGAAGCCAGAAUCAGAAGGUGCGGGAAGGGAAGGAGGACAAGCUAGAAGGUGAAAGGUAAAGCCAGGCAGGUGGGAACGGGAGAUGAAGUAAGAAGCUGGGAGGUAGUUGGAAAAGAUAAAAAGGGCUGAGCAAGGAGGAAUCUGACAGGAGAGGAGAGUUAACCAUAGGAGAAAGGGAAGGAGGUGGGGCACUAGGUGGAGAUGAUAGGUGAGAAGGGAAGAGUUUACCAGUAUAUCCUGGAAUUUGAUCUUCCAAAGUGUAUUACAUUUGUUGAGAUUAAAUUCCAUCUGUCAACACUCUGACCAAGUUUUUAGUUGAUCUGUGUUCCUCUGUGUUGUUUGAUAAACAUACUCACUAUCUCUCUCAGACUUCAAUUCUCGUGUCGUCCAGAAACCACCUGAUCAGACCACCUACAUUUUCAUCUAUUUGCAAACAAAGGUGUUGGCACCGAUCCCUGCAAACACCGAUUGUUAAUAGACUUCCAGUCAGAUAAACGCCUGCCUGCCACCACUGCAGCCUCCUAUCUCCAGGCCAGUUUGCAUCCAGCUCACCAACACACAAGCCUUUGGAGCAGAAUUAGGUCAUUCUGCCCAUCGAGUCUGCUCCGCCAUUUCACCAUGGCUGAUUAAUUACCCCGCUCAACCCCAUUUGACUCUUGACACUGACUAUUCAAGAACUAUUGAUUUCUGCUUUAAAUACACCCAGUGACUUGGCCUGCCUAGCUGUCUGUGGCAAUGGAUUCCACAGAUUCACCACCCACUGCCUAGAGAAAUGGUUCCUCAUUGCUGUGCUAAAUAGACAUGAAUCUAUUCUGAGGCUGUGCCCUCCGGUACUGGAGUCCCCCACAAGAGGAAACAUCCUCUCCACAUCCAUUGUAUCUAGGACUUUUAAUGUUCGAUAGGUUUCAAUGAGAUUUCCCACCCCAUUCUUCUGAACCAGUGAAUACAGGCCUGGAGCCAUCAAAUGCUCUUCAGACAUUCACAGAAUCAUUCUCAAGAACUUCCUCUGGACCACAUGUCCAAGAAGGGAUGUACUGGCAUUGGAUAGGGUGCAGAAGAGGUUCACAAAAAUGGUUCUGAGAAUAAAAGGGUAAACAUAUGAGAAGUGCUGCAACAUUCCGCCAAGGGUUUCUGUCCCUCGCCCUGCUGUCUGGCUGUCACAAGACAAUCUGUCCUACCCCCUCCCCCCGGCAAUGACGAUCUCUCCACGUGGAGCCUCCCCCUUCACCCUGGGAUGGGGACUUGCACAGGGCACGGGUUGUUAAGUUGGGUCGUCCCUUGUAGAGCCCGGGACAGUCCCGUGUUCUAUAGGGAUGGAGAGGCUGCAGCCACUGUGUGUGAAGACUUCCUCCACUCCUGAACUCUAGGCAGGUGGAGAGGGGCUCAGAGUUCAGAAGCCCUCCUGGAACUGAGGGUCCAGCCUAAGCCAACUGAGGCCCCUCCGUCAGGGCCCGUCUGCACCCUGGGUCCUUGGAGAGAGUGCAGACUAUGUCCAUGCUCUCUCUGGAAGAGUUGUGGGGCAACUGAAG